GCCGUCUCUCGCCGCCCCGGCCCCAACCCCUCUCGGACUAGGUGAGGGGGCCGGCUGCCCAGCGUCGUCGCCGGCGAGAUCUUCCCACCGCCGCUGGCAAUGGCUGCCCCGCACGACGAGGCCGCGGCGUGGGCGGAGGAGGCGGCGCGCCGGGUCUGGGCCGGCGCCGUGCCGCUCCAGGUCCACCUCCACGACGCCGACGUCACCGCGCUACCCCCGCCGCCGCCCUUCCUGACUUUGGGACCAAGAAUUGGGUAUUUGCCCCUCUUGAUACCUGUUAUAAGGGCUCAUUUCAGCAAUGCACUCCCACCUGGUGUUGACACUGUUUGGUUUGAAUAUAAAGGGCUGCCUUUGAAAUGGUAUGUACCAAUUGGUGUUCUUUUUGAUCUUCUAUGUGCAGAUCCAGAAAGACCAUGGAAUCUAAUAGUCCAUUUUAGGGGAUAUCCCUCAGAAAUCUUGUCACCAUGCGAGGGUGAAGAUAGUGUGAAGUGGAGCUACAUGAAUUCCCUGAAAGAGGCCACCUUCAUCAUUACUGGGAACAGUAAGAGUGUGAUGAAUAUGUCGCAUGCUGAUCAAGUCGCUCUGUGGGAAUCUGUAAUGAAAGGUAACUUAGAUGGGUAUAAAAAUAUCUCCACCAGGCUUAAGCUUGGACCAUUUGAAGAUGAUGUGUUAGUACGGACAGCCUCCGUGGAGCGGCAACGUCAACAAAAUUCUGAUGAACCUGAAUCUCCUGGAUCUAGCAAACCGUGCAGGGUCCCUGUUCGAUUAUACGUACGCAAUGUUCAAGAAGACCUUGAGUACAUAGAACAUGCAGUUCCUGUCAGUGACUGGGAAAACGUGUCCUACAUAAAUCGGCCAUUUGAGACUCGCAAGGCUGAAGGUAGAAGCUACAUCACCCUGGAACAUGCGUUGCAAACAUUGCUUCCGGAGUUCUUCAGCUCAAAGCCCCCAGGCAGCGCUGACGGCUCCCAACACGCAGGCGCAAUGGACGCAGCCGCAGACAGUUCAGAUGCCACCAACUCUUCAAGUCGUUCUCAGGAGGCAGAGCAAGCCCUGGCAAGUCCAGCAGAGGCGGGUUCUGCCAAGAGAGCGAAAGUGAAGCUGGUGAGGGUGCAAGGUGUUGAGCUCGACAUGGACAUCCCGUUCCUGUGGGUCGCCGACCACCUCAAGAACCCCGAAUACUACGUCCACAUCUGUGUAUACGUCGGCACUAGAAAACAAUAGAGAUAAGAGUACAUGGGGAAAUUGUUAGAUACUGCGUUAGGAGUGUGUCCCAGAAAUCAUUUUCUUUGUUCUUUGGUUAUUACAUGUGCUAUCCUGUGUGCAGAUACAGACGCUGAAAUUUGUAACCCUUUUGGAUGCACAGUCAUGGAAGGAUGGAAUUGGAUGGUGAACCAUUUUGUGUGUGUG